GGGCCGUGGUCACUGCUGGCGGCGAGGGGACAGCGAGGGGACAAUGGGGACACUGGGGACACUGGGGACAGCGGGGCCGCGCUGCCUGCUCGGCCUCGUCCUGCUGGGGGCGCCCGGCCUGGCCGCAGGGGCGCUGGCCGAGCCCGAAAUCUGCUACGUGCUGGACGCGGUGCUCUUCCUCUACAGCCUCAUCCUCACCGGCCUCUACAUCCGCCUCAGGUUCAUGACUUGGCGGCUGCAGAGAGCGGCUGAGCAGAAGGAGGAAGAGGCCGUUUAUGCCGGUCUCAGCUCCGACCCCCAGGAGACCUACGAGACCCUGCAGAUGAAGAGCUCCUGACCCCCGAGAAAACCGGGAAUUUCCCCUGGAAAUGGGAAAAUUCCGGUUUUUUACACCUGGAAAUGGAAAAAUUGGGGUUUUUUUACCCCUGGAAAUGGAAAAUUUAGGAUAUUUUUUUCCCUGAAAAUGGAGAAUUGAGGUUUAUUUUUCCUGGAAAAUGGAAAAUUUGGAAUUUUUUUUUCCCUGAAAAUGGAGAAUUGGGAUUUAUCUUUCCCUGGAAAUGGAAAUUUUGAAUUUUUUUUCCCCUGGAAAUGGAAAAUAUGGAUUUUUUUUUUCCCCCUGGAAAUGGAAAAUUGGGAUUU